AUGAGGUCAGUUCUGAUCAUCUUCCUCCUCAGCUGCUUCUUUGCAGCUUGCAAUGCCAAAAUCUUCUCCAAGUGUGAGCUGGCCCGCAAGCUGAAGGCCCAUGGAAUGGAUGGCUUCCAUGGCUACAGCCUGGCAAACUGGGUCUGCAUGGCUGAGCAUGAGAGCAACUUCAACACCGGGGCCUUUAAUGGAAAAAAUGCCAAUGGCAGUAGUGACUAUGGGCUCUUCCAGCUGAACAACAAGUGGUGGUGCAAAGACAAGAUUCCCUCAGCAAAUGCCUGCAACAAAAUGUGCAGCAAAUUUCUGGAUAAUGACAUCAGUGAUGACAUUGCCUGUGCCAAGAGGGUUGUGCGAGAUCAUAAAGGGAUGUCUGCUUGGGUGGCCUGGGUAAAUCACUGCAAAAACAAUGAUCUGUCCAAAUACCUGGCCAGCUGUGACCUGUGA